ACUGAAAUGCAAUCUUACUCAGUACUCAGAUGUACAGUUGGUCACUUCUCUGAACUGACAAAACGCUUCCCCCUGUAUCAUUCUAUCAUCUCACCACAUCCUUUUCACAGUCUCCUGUGCAGGAAUCCCUGUACAAUGAGUACUGCGCACUAUACUCUUCUCUCUAUAUCUUCAAUAGCUAGAAGAUAGUCACACCACCACGGCAAGUGUGAUCUGCACCUACUUUCAGGUUACCAUUUGCGUCACCGUUGCCAAAGCAUUGUUGGGUCACCCGAAACUUGAUAUAAGAGCGAUGUCUACGAAGUAUAAACGAUUAUAUCAUCGAGACUUUCCACCACAUCUACCCGAAAACGUCGUCGUAGAAAUCCUCUUGCGGUUGCCGGUCAAAUCUUUGGUACGAUUCAGGUGUGUAUCUAAACGUUGGCGCUCCCUGAUCUCGGAUCCCCGAUUCGCUAAAUCGCAGUUCAUGCGAACAUCUGAGCGAUCACAAAGACUUCUCAUAUCAUCCAGUUCUGAAAUUCGAUCCCUAGACUGUGAGGAGCCAUUUGAGGAUAGUUCCACUCCCAGUGUACUCGCCGUCCCUUUCCAGAAACGGGGUCGUUAUGUUAGCAUCAUUGGGUCUUCCAAUGGUCUGGUUUAUGUGGCUCUAUAUAGCCAUAGGGAUUUCUAUAUUUGGAAUCCUUCAACGGGAAAUUAUAGGAAACUGCCCGAUCCUGGUAUUACACUCCGUACGCGCAAGUACAGGCAUGGCUUUGGAUAUGAUCCAUCCACUGAUGACUACAAGCUUCUCGUGGCCAAUUUCCGGAUGCAUCCUUUCCGGGAAAGUGAAGCCAAGGUUUUCUCUUUCAAAAGAAAUUCAUGGAAGAGGAUUCUUCGAGGCCUCGACGAUACAGGUCUGGCGGAAGAUUCAGUAGGGAUCCUUUGCAAUGCGUCUCUGCAUUGGCAUCUUCAUGCGUGCCGCGAGCCACUUACUGGUCAGAAAAUAGGUGGGUUUGAUUUAGCCGAGGAGAAAUUCCACGAAAUGCCGAUGCCCUUCUCGGAUUGGGGACCCCACGGGUAUGUAUCCAUCGAUACUUUGAGCACUCUUGGAGAGCGCCUGUGUUUUAUUGUUUCUAUGGAUACCCAUAUGGAGAUACGGGGAAUGAUGGAAUAUGGAGUCAUAGAAUCGUGGGCACUGUUGAGUUUGGCUUGAUUUUCUGUUGAAAAUGUGUUUUUUGGGGUUUGGCUUGACUGUGGCUCGACCGUGGCUCGAGCUAAGGUUCUGCUCGACUUCCGCUUGACAGUCCGCUCGAGCGAACUCAUUCAGAGAGUUCCGCUCGACCUCCGCUCGACUGUCCGCUCGAGCGAAAUCUUUCAGAGAGUUCCGCUCGACCUUCGCUCGACUGUCCGCUCGAACGAGAAUGUAACCCUAACGUGCGCUCAACACUUCGCUCGACGUCCGCUCGAGCGAAUGUUUUGACUAGCGCCUUGUCCUAUAAGUACAUCAUUUUCUCUUCAUUUUGAUGGGUGUUUAGCAGCCAAGAAAGAGAGUUUUGAGAAUCCUUUUGUAUACAAUCCUAAGAAUCUAUUGAGUGUAUUGGAGCUUUAGGAUUAAGGAUUUUGUGAUCAAUACUCUUGUACUCCCAUCUUUUGUUCAUAGUGAAAUCAUUGAAACCGAUCCCUGCAGUGGACGUAGGCUCACAUUGAGCUGAACCACUUAAA